ACGUGCGCGGUAUAGGUGCGCAAUGUGAUGUCAACAACGUGUGUAUAAAAUGUAAAACGUGCCUUUUAUAUUGCACAUGUUAGAGGAAAUGUGCAUAUUUUAUUAUUAUUUCUACAUUGAUGGCGUGAUUUUGUAAUUUUCCAUUUAUUAUCAAGUGUGAUAAAAUUAAAGUAACAUGGCUGGUCAACAACAUCCAUUUCCUUCUGGAUUUCCUAAUGUACAACAAUCUGCAAUGAGAACGCAGUUUGGUGGAGGACAAAUGGUAUCUGGUUUGAUGGGUCCACAACAAGGUGGUAUGGUCAGUCCACAACAAUUUGGAGUUGGUGUAGGAGUUGGAGUUGGCGUGGGUGGAGUAGGUUCCAAUACUAUGGGUAUACCUAGCGCGCAACAAGUUUUAGCACAGCAACAGCAGCAACAAUCUGUUGCAAUGCAACAACAAGUACAACAGAUGCAACAGCAACAAUUACAAUUACAACAACAACAGCAAGCUGCAAUGGUGCAACAAACUAAUGCAGCAGGCAAUCAAGCUACAACACCACAAACUCCUGUACCACCUACACAACCACCACCUCAACAACAACAACAAAACAAGGAAUUCAACACUGCCAGUUUAUGCAGAUUUGGUCAAGAAACUGUACAAGAUAUUGUUAGUCGUACUCUGGAAGUCUUUCAAACCCUGAGAGUUCUCCAACCACCAAAUGGUAUGGCACAAGGAGCAAGUUUAGCUAAUGAAAAAAAGAAUAAAGUACAGGAACAAUUAAGAACACUGAAGUUACUAUUUAAACGUUUAAGAUUGAUUUAUGAAAAAUGUAAUGAAAACUGUCAACUUCAAGGUAUGGAAUAUACACAUAUAGAAAGUUUAAUUCCUUUAAAAGAAGAAUGGGAUAUGAAAUCGGAUGAGAAAAAGACAUCUGAAGCAUACAGACUCGCUUGUGAAGAAAGCAAAGAAAUUAUGGAACAAGUCGUAUUAAAGAAUAAACAUCUUAAAGAAAUCAUUGACCACUUGAGACGCAUUAUUUCAGAAAUAAAUACAAUGUUAAAUAUGCGUCGAUCUUGA